GAAGUGCCUUCGCCCUCAGUAAAGAUGGCCGUGGCAUUUGGCAUGAAACGGGCGGGGCUGCGCCUGCGCAACAAGUUCGGCAGGGAAGAUGGCGGAUGACAAGGAUUCUCUGCCCAAGCUUAAGGACCUGGCAUUUCUCAAGAACCAAUUGGAGCACCUGCAGCAACGCGUGGAAAACGAGGUCAACAGUGGAAUGAGCCAGGAUGGCUCACUGUUAUCCUCCCCAUUCCUCAAGGGAUUCCUGGCUGGCUAUUUGGUGGCCAAACUGAGAGCAUCAGCAGUAUUGGGCUUUGCAGUGGGCACUUGUACUGGUAUCUACGCAGCUCAGGCAUAUGCUGUGCCCAACGUGGAGAAGACAUUGAAGGACUACCUUAGGUCAUUUCGCAAGGGGCCUGACUAGC